AUGCAUCACAGUCUACGCAGCAUGAGACAGUACUUGGUGCUUGAAUUCGAUUUGAAUUCAUCUCCUUCGCCACCAUCUUCCGAGAUUUUCCAUUCUUUUGCCCUCACACCUGAACGUACUCUAAAUUGUGUGUAUCCUCACACCCAAGCAUUCAAUCUUGAAACCCACUCCUCAAUGCCGCCUCCUCGACCCAAAACUGCACGAUCUUGUGUAUACAAAUAUCUACUUUAUGGCCUGAUCCUUCCGCACAUACUCUCCUUCAUAUCAACAGCGCUCCUUGUCUGGGGCCCUCUAUCAUCCCCCGGUGCGUCACACGUGCUUAUAUUCCGCGGUAUAUACACAAUCGCUACCCAUGUGUACUCCAUUACCUUGGUCCUAUAUGCGUACAAAUCCGAACACGGAAGUGGUGCCGGUACCAAGGAGAUCUGUCCGUGGUGCCAGAAACAGAAAAGGUGGACGAUCCACGACCUGAAAGAAGAAGAUGAGGAUCGUAAGGAUGAUGAUGACGGGGACUUUGUUGGUUGUAGCGAUUCAAUGGACGAGAUGCAGGAGAGAUAUGAUGCGCUUGAGGCAAGAUAUGAGAGGUGUCGUCAGAUGCUGGUCGAUGCACAGAAGUUGAAUGAUAGAUACAGGAUGGCUGGAUUCAGGCCAGGCGUGAUUGGGUAA